UGUGCGAAAGGAACCGUUCGUCUUCGAGAGGUAGAGAAGAAAAAUACCAAAAUCCCUCAAAGUAAUCCAGUGGAGGUCGAAUUGAAACUGAAUCUUUGUCCCGUAGACCACACCGUUCACGCAGUGCAGGGUAGGAAACUACGGCAAACCGUACGUCGACGUCAUCUGCGCGUAAGAAAAGUGCCCCACACGAAGAAAAGGUGCUGCACGGGAAGCUCCUUCGUGGCAUUCGCCUAAAGUGAGUGCUCAAACAUCCAUCAUCUUCAUCCGUGUUAAAAAGCACGUCUUUCCUACAAACAGGCAUCUCCGAUACGUCACAAGCGGCAGUGUUGUGUAUGUGCAUGAGUGUUCGUGUGAAAAUCGUAAUGAAAAUCGAAAUCGGCAUCGAUACUACGGCGCCGUAGCCAAGGAAACGCCAAGGGCUGGUGGGGGGUUUCGUUCGGAGUUUGAAAUCGGGCCUCGCGGGGAAGCAAGAGAAGUGAAUCUGUAUUUUAAUGGUGCAGCGCGUGGCAAACCGGAAAUCAGCAUCCAACCGUACGCUCGUUUCCACAGUUUGAGAAAGCAGCGAAACAAAGCAAAGGCGAAGAAACGCCUCUAAAACACCCUAAGGAGUUUGCAAAGAUUGUGUAUGCAAAGGAAGAAAAAAAAACGCCCGGCCUACUUUUCUGGCACAAACGUCAGACGGUAUCAGUGCGCGGUUUGACAGGUGCGACCGUCAAAACGCAGCCACAAAACUAGUGAAGAAAUCGGAAACCAGUUUUCAGGUUUUUUAAAGAAGCCUCGUUCCCGUAAAGUGCUCUAGCGGCUCCGAAGACAAACGGAAAUUGUACAAAUCACAUCUCUCUCGACAUUCGAAGCAAUCUAAGCCCCAGCCAGAAUACGCCCAGCAACAACGAUGAAAAAAUGUUUAAAAUGUAGUUGCGUCCAACGGUGCAGGGACAUGUAGAGAGUGAAUCGCUAGUAGAGAUCAUCAUCAUCAUCAUCUUCUUCUUGUUUGCUGGUGGAUUAAAGCAUACUGGAAAAUAGCAAAAACGUAAGCCAUCGUACAGAUUGCGCUUUAAAAUUGCGUUUGGAGAAAGCUUCUUCCCUCCCCGGGUAACGAGCGCCCGCGCGCGCGCGUGUGUGUGUGUGGAGGCUCCAUUAGGGCUCCAAGGCGCGGUGGUACACGCACGCACGCACGUCCGUUAAGUUGGGAGAAAUUUAUUAAUUAGUUUCGCAGCGAAUAGUAAAGAAACUGCAACAUGCCGCUACCGAAGCGCCUGGUGCAACCGGUCUUCGUCGCACGGUCGGUGUACGUGCGCGAGGAGCUUCCGGCCGAGCUGGAGACGGUCACCAACACCACGCUGACCAAUAUCGUCCGUCAACUGUCGUCGCUGUCGAAACAUGCGGAGGAUUUGUUCGGCGAGUUGGCACGGGACGCGGGAGGGCUGGCUGAGCGGGCCAAUUCGCUGCAGGCCCGUAUCGACCGGCUCGCGAUUAAGGUAACGCAGCUCGAUAGCACCGUCGAGGAGGUGUCCCUGCAGGACAUUCAGCUGAAGAAGGCGUUCAAAAGUGCCACCAUGUUCGACCAGCAGAUCUUCUCCCGAGCAACGAUGCCGUCGGCGAUGCUGGAGGUUUAUAAGGCUUGCGAUAAACCACCUCCAUUGGAUAAACUGAACUGUUACCGGGACGAUGGAAAGGAUGGACUGAAGUUCUACACGGAUCCGAACUACUUCUUCGAGCUGUGGCGGCAGGAGAUGCUGAAGGACACCGAGCGUGUGAUGCACGAUCGUGGAAAGAAGGUGCACAAACCGCGCGCCGACGGUGGUGCGGAUGGUGGUGGCGGCCGGCAGAAAAAGCGCCCUCGAGCACCGCAUAAUACGCGCGAAAAGCAGCGUCAGCGUGCGAUCGGCCACGGCGAGACGUUGAUGCCAAAUAACGUUAUCUAUCGCACACCGAAUGCGAUCCCCGGCUCGAACGAGGAAGCCAUCUACAACAGUGCGAUGGCGGCCGCCGGUGGCAGCAUGAUCUACGAUUCACGGUCCUCGUCGGCCAUGGGAGGCAGCAGCGGCGCGGCACGGCCAAACUCGAUCGAGCUGCGACGAAGCUACCAGCAACCGAACAGUGGAGAAAUGGUCGAUGGAAGUGGCGUCGGUUAUGCGCCUCCCUCGCCGGGCGGCGGUGGCUACCAUCAACAGCAGAUGCCCCCUCACCUGCAAAACCAAAUGGUAUCGAAUCAGCAUCCGAACAGCAUCUACCAACAGCAGCAACAACCGAUCUAUACCGACCAGUAUGGCAACCCAUCGCUGUACGGUUCCAGCUUGAACCAGAAUUCGCAGGAAAGUCUCUACGCGCCGGGCACUCCGUCACGAUCGAAAUCGCGCCCUUCGCAACCACCACCCGCUCCGCCUUCGUCCGGUAGUGGUGGAGGUACGCCGAACGCUUCGAACGCUAACACACCCACGCGCAGCCGUAGCCUCUCGACCGGACGGGACAACUUGCCACCACCGCCACCGAUCCCCGAGGGUCUUCAGUCACCCCCGCACACGAUGGCCAACGGGGGCACCAGUGUGGCCGCCAAGCUGCUCCUCAACCGGUCCGGCUCGCGAUCGGGCUCUCCGCAGCUGGGCAUGACUGGCGGACCGGGACAAGCGCAGCAACAUCAGCAACAUCAGCAGCAGCAAGUGGUCGUACAGUCGAUGAUGGACCAGAAUCAACUGGCGCUCGCCCAGCUCAACCAGCAGAUCAACAAUCUGAACAAUCUCAACAUGCAGCUGAACCAGAUGUCGAUGAACGACCUGCCACCACCGCCGCCAAUCCCGGAACAGCUGUCGCCCAAACAAUCGCCACCAAAUGUUGCACCGCCGCCACCUCCGCCACCUCCGCCAAUGCUGGAUGGUCCAUUGAGCCCAUCGAAGCCACCGCUGGCCAACGGUGAUCUGUACAACAUGCCGAAGAUGCAUCAGCUGAAGAAAAUUCCACCUCAGGAGAAGAUCACAUACGACGAUCCACGCAGUGAUCUUAUGAAAGCCAUCCGUGACGGUAUCAAACUGCGCAAGGUGGAAAAACAGAACCACGAGGCGAAAGAGAACGAUCGCAACAAGGGUCUGCACGAUGUCGCCUCGAUCCUGGCACGGCGCGUCGCCAUCGAGCUGUCCGAAUCGGAGUCAUCCGAGAGCGACGACGACAGCGAGGGCUGGCAGGAAACGAACGAAACGUCCGCAUGACAUCCGGAGAGCGUGACCGCCGGCGGUGGUGGUAAGAAGAAAUGAAAACACCUGUAGCUUCCCUUUCGCUAGGAAGGGAGCACGCCCCUCUUCCCAACCGGCAGAAUUCCGCCGGCCACAAUAUUCAUCGAGGUAAGGCAGAAGAAGAGGAAGAUGAAGAAGUGUGUUUUGUUUUCUCGUCAAAAGAGUAGACCACAGCCAAACGAGCAACUUUUGAUAAGGAACGCGAGGAGAUAUAGUGUACGUUAUAUGCAUGUAUGCAUUUAUGUCUAUGAGCUCAUGGGGGGUGUGUGUAUCUGUGUUGUGGAAAACAACUCUCGUCUUCUUUUUCUUCUUCUUCUUGUUUCCCAGCCAGGAGCGUUCUACAAAAAAACGGGUUUUUCUUUUGCGUUCUAUAGUUGGAUAUAUUUAUUUCGUGACGCUAAGUUAGAUCCGGACAGCGUGGGGAAAAAAUGGAUGCGAACAAAUCGCAUUACGCUUUGGUAAUGGGGUGAUGUAGCCGGAAUGACGAAUCGAGAUUAUUAUUAGUUGUGUAUAAAACAUGCUCAACGAAAAAUAAAGCAUAAUGUUCAGUUUUGUUAGUUUCGUUUUCGUUUUGUACAAAGAUUAUUUUCACUAUUUAUAGGCAGAGAAAAAUGAAGGAAGGGGGGGGGAAUGAUCAUCCAACGUUACCGUCGAGACAGGAUCAUGAUGAUCGUACAGUAAAAGAGGUUCACUUGUUAAGACAUUCUGUAUAGAUUACUUGUAAUUCCUUUUAUCUUUCCUAUUUUGUAACGACUUAUAUAAAACACAGAUAUAUUUUUUACCUUGUAGGAAAAGAAAGACGAAAAGUGCGGGUACAAUGGCACUUCAAACGGCUGGCGUGUUGGCAAGCCAAAUGUUGGCAGCAUUUGCCUAAAGUCAAAAAGGUUCUUACGGAAAUCAAAAAUACACUGGAACAUGAAACAAAACAAGUUGCAUUAGCAAAACAAACAAAAAAUCUUAACCACAAGCGUAGCACAGUACUAGUUGGAGUUGCAGUUUAUAUGAAAACUAGUAAAACCACUCACUCACAAAUAAAAUUUAUAUUCAUAGCGUUACACCAAUUAUGUAGCCGUAUAUAUGAGAUAUAUAGUGCGAAACACGAAUGCCAAAAGGACGAAAAAGGAAACACGUAGGAAGCGUUUUUGAAAAUGUAGCGAACAAAAUAACCACAGCAAAUACAUGAUGAAAAGUGUGUGUAUGCAUCACACUCUCAAAUGCAACAUCCAUUUUCAGAUAAGGGUUCGUAGAAUUUUCAUACAGCGAAGCAACUUUAACAUGUGUAUUGCAAUGCAUUUAAAUUCAUUGGUCAACUUUCGAUGCCUAAAACAGCGGCUAGUGAUUUUGAAGAUAUUUUGAUAGAUUGUUGCUUUCAAAAAAAAAAAAUAAUAAUAAUAAAUACGCAAGGCAAACUAUUCGUAUCAUUUACGUAAAGAUGUUUUUCGUACCAUGAUCUGUUUAGUGGCUGUAAACAAGUACGUCAUAUUUUCAAGCUAUUUCGAAUCACACAAAAUAGCUAUUGAUUUACCCUGAAAAUAUGGGUCGAUUGAAUCCUAUCUAUUCUCAACACACAACGAUGCUACGCUUGUUUAGAUUGAAACAUACUAUUUUGUUUGCGAUAAAACAGUUAAGAGAAAAUUUAGGCACACACAUAAUGGUUUGAAAGUGAGAACAAAAAAAGACAUUAAUAAUUAGAAUAACCAAUGGAAUGAAACAUUUAAAAAAGCAUGAAGCAAAUAAGCAUACUCGAGCCCAGCCCUUGGUAGACGUUGAAGUAACAGAUGAGAUAGUAACGAAAUGAAAAAAAAACUGUUGCAAAAAUUAUAUCGCUCAAAAUUGCGCCAAU